AGGGAUCAUGUUCUACAGCUUUAUAGAGGUCAAAGAAGGUUUGCCCAAGGAGUUUUUCCUUCGCCUGCUAAACUAGUGGUGAGUCCUUAAAUUAGCUUAAGAACCCAUUACUGUAAAUAUCAAGAAUAAAAAAAUCGAAAAUUCUGAUAAUUUGUCAGAAAAACCUCUUUGGGGAACUAUCGUCGAAAAAAAUAUUUUUAACUUUCAAGAAUCUACAGCUUUCGAGAAAAUGAGGAAAAACGAAAAUAGCGGGUUUUACCUAAUUAAUUAUGCAAAAAAUUAGAGUAAAAAUGAUCUACUUCUAUCCAUGGUAUGUUUUAAACCAUAAACAUGAUUUUGAAUUUUUUUCACGGUUUUUUAAAACUACCAUCAAACGCACUUUUUAAAAUGGGUAAAAAAUGAUCAACUUGAUAGGCCAAAAAAAUCCACCUUAGUAUAUGUAAUACCUAGCCAAAAUGUAUACUAGGACAAAGUUCAGCUCUUAUAUUAACAGAAUACGAAAUAAAAACUCUGGGUACUCCGGAUUCGCCUUUACAAAAUAAAAAGUUUCGUGACCACCAGUCCUUGAAUUUUAGGGGAAGUCCUUGAAAAGUCCUUUAAUUUCUGUAGAAGACCUUGAAAAGUCCUUCUUGUUCUAUGCAAUAAUUAACUAUCAGUUUAAGACAAGUGUGCUGAAAAAUGUAGGUAAGUUGGUGGAGUAAACAGUUCAAGCCUAUAAAGCCCUCUUGUACAAGCUGUAAUAUAUAGAUUUAGCCAGGGCUAAAAGCGAAGCUCCCGUUAAUAAAUUCAUUCACGCAUUCACCAGUCUCUCCAACAAUGUUCCGUUAGAGAGACUAUGGAUAAUUGGACAACCCCGAAAUAUAAUUUUAAGAACCACACGAGCCACGAUAGUCCUUGGUGCCAGCCAAUUGACACGUUGCAUUCAUCUCUCUAAAAGGGAGGCCAAAAUAAAAAAUCAGGCCGGAUUUUUUGUGUUCGACAAGUUUAGUUUACAAGUAAAUCUGGUGGCGUGUAAACCAGCCUUUUAAACAUACUUUUUCUCAACACGUCUCCGGUAAACAGUACUAUGAGGCCCUUUUUUAUCAUACAGACCUUGGACAGAAUUUGUUCUUUUUUUGCCCUAUCAUUCUGCAGUUUUUCACAAUUUUGUAAGACAAUUUGCACUCAUUCAAUAUCCACGACGUCAAAGCAAGCGCUUCCUUUGCAAAACAAAUUAUAGCAUUGAAUUAUCAAACGUUUUCAUGAAAAGAAUUCCAUAAUGCGGGACUUUUCCGUUAGAAAAAUCUGGUCCUAUGUGAUAUGCAGGGUAAUAAUUAUGGGCUUUUAGCAUGAAAACGAUAAAAAAAAUUCCCAAAAACACCUUUUCGGCCAGCCGGACGGGUUCUCACUUUUGACAGGCAAAUUUGCAGUGCGAUUAAUAGAGUUACCAUUUACGCUUCAACACGAUAGGGAAAUUGUUAUGUUUAGGUUUUAUUUCCCUUUAUUCAUUAAACUGUGUAUGUGGUUUUGUUAUGUGUAAUCUUUAAAAGCGAGUGAUGUUUACGCGCGGCGUUUUGAGUAUUCCUGUAUGCGAUGUUUAUGUUCGACUGCAAACAACCGGUGCAGCGAUAAAAAUUGCGGGAGGGACUACUAACAAUCAAUAAAAUAAAUAUAAUUCGGUGAAACAUGUACAGAGACAAUAAUUUUCAUUCACGAAGAGAAGUAUUGAGAGUAAAGUGUCUCUGAAAAUCAUGAGUCAGGCAAGCAUAAACUUGUUUAUGUUUUAAGCCGGCUUCCCGGUGUUUGCUCUUUUUCAAGAUGAACUCGAGGCAAGAAAAUCGCUCAGAGCUUUCUGUUUAUAGCCAAAAUCAUAACUAAAUAAUCUUUCGAACCUUUUCUUUGAAUUUGCGGUCAAAAAAUGUCUAAAGGCUUUUUAAACCUGAUACUAUUGUUGGUUAGAUCAUCGCUCGUGUAUAAACUUAAGCCGCAUAAACCAUACGCUCGACUUCAGGAAAUCGAAAAAAAAAACACACACAUCAAAGACAAUAAUUGCUCAGGCUUACCAGUCGAGAUGCUGCUUCUGAAGGUCAUCAAGUGUUCCAGAAUCGCUGGAGACUUUUCAACCCUCUUACGCCUCAAGCAAGGACAAGUGAGGACGCUCAUUCUUGAAAACGAUGCCAUCCGAAAUCGGAUUUCCAAUAACUUUCACAACCGGUGCAUUUGUCAACAUAAAGCGCAAUAAACAAACCAGCCAUGAAUUACAGAACAAUCUUGCUAGCAGCUGUAUUUCAUUUUGUACACCAAGUAGAAAACGACAGUUUAAAACAUCACAAGAUGACACAAAACUCUGUCAGCUCCAGCUAUCAGUAAGCAAGUUUCCAGACGCUGCAUAAAUUUUCCGCAUGAACUCACCUGUCAAAUUUUGACCAAUCAGAACAUAAAAGUUGGACGUAGAGCGUGAUCAACGCGUGACAGUGAGAAAAGUCAAGAGCGAUUGCCUAACCUGCAUGUAAAAGCGGGUUGAAUUUUCGCGUCCGAAGUCAGUUCGAAAUCAAAUUUACACGACUUAUUUCAUAUGCAUUUAAAAAAAAUUGAACUAGAGCCUGCGAUCAUGUGAAAAGUAGCAACUUGUCAGCGGAUACCUUCAAAAAAAGACUCAAACUCAGUGGGUCGAUACCUGAGUCCGCAAUACGGUCAGGCGAUACUGGUCAGCAGAAACACUAUUUUGACAGCUGUCAAUUAAUCAAAACAUGGAUGUACAAUAUCAGGUUGCAGGCUCUCAAAUUAGCUAGAAAGUGUGAGGUUAAACAUUGGUAUGACUGGCGCGGACGGUCGGGUGGUCGGUGUAUGGUCACGUGAUUGCCGAAUUUUGUAGGAUGGAUAGAUUUUCUAACCUCUGGGGCUUCGAAUUGAGCACGUGAUCAAAUAAAAUAUCAGCGCAAAACUUAAAACACUACGUGAACUCAAUGGAUAGAAAAAUGAGCCCGCGAUACACUCAGGUGAUGAUGGUCAGCGUAUACUCUAGUUUGACAGCUGUCAAUUAACCUUAUUUAGAUUGGCGAAUAUUCGAAUUAACAGACUACGAGUGUGAGUAAGGCAUAUCCGUCCGGCUUGUAGUAGAAAAUGCCAGAUCGUGUACCUCAGCGAACCUGAGCCCACGUUAUUAGUUUUCUGAUACUGGUCUGCACAUGUCCUGUUUUGACAGCUGUCAAUUGACCUUAAUUUGGCUUCCCAAUAUAACUUUAAACGACUGUCAGCCAACUGACUGCCUUGCCCGGCGUAGUUUCGUUUUUAUGUUGAAUUGGCAAGUGUGACAUAUUAUGACAGCUUAUAUGUAGGGGCAAAACGACUGGUCUUUUAUCUGAGCCCGCGACAUAGUCAUGUGAUAAUUGUCAGCGGAUGUCUGAUUUUGACAGCUGUCAAUCUAAUCGUACUCAUACGGAUGGCUUACAUAACUGAAAGGCUAGUCAAGUUGUGCAAGAUCUAUUGUGACAUUUGACAUCGGCUUAAAUGAAGUGUGUGUACGGGUGGGCGUACGCUACGUCAUAACCAAAUUUUCUGGGAUGGAUAGUUUACCAAAUUUUCUUACCCAUGGUGCUCCGCUGCGCGCGCGGGAGCUCCGCUAAAAUUACAUUCCUGGUAGGUGGUCCUUGAAAUUUAAAUGUUUUUCUUGAAAAGACCUUGAAAAGCCCUUAAAAAAUGUUUGUAUGAACCCCGUGCCAUUCAUGAAGCUGCAUAACACUUUUUAUAUAUAUUACACAAAUUAAUUAGUUUGUCGGACCGUCGUUUUCGGAUAUAACAUUUUUUUCCACAAAAUGAUCCUAGUCGUUGUAUGGCCUGACCCUCCACGAGUCUUCCAAAGCGCAUGUCUAAGAAACAAGCAAAUAAAACCAAUCAGAAAUCAUAAACUUUCUGUGACUGACUUCCUUUAGGGGUGCUCAGAAUUGUUUUUGUUUGUUUGUUUGUUUGUUUUUAAUUUCAGUUAGGGAGUCUUCGAUUCUCGGGAUAUCAAGUUGCCUAUACAAUUUAUGGUAGGAGUUCUAAUAUAUCACUUUCGUAAGCUUAGUAGCAUCUAGUAUUUUUUUUUCUUAGUAUGGAGGAAAUCUGCUCUAAUCCAUUGUCCCGUUCAUUUCCUUACUGCCAUCUGAAAUGUUUAAGUUCAAAGUAAAAGAAAAAACUGAUUGCUUAUGGCGGAACUGCUGAAGGUUUCAUUUACAAGACUGGAACGUGGACUAAAAGUGGCCCAUAUUUUUUAAAACUAUGCUUGCAGAGAAAAUUUCCUCUCGACACGCAUUUUUAAAGUGAGAGUGGCUGAAAUCCUUUAACCCUUUAAAGGGAACCUCCACUUCAACAAAAAGAUAACUUUAAAUCACGGGAAAUAACUGUUACAGUCAAGUCAAUCUAAAAUAUUUUUAAAGAAAGCGUUUGUAUCCGAAAGAAAUAACUUUUAGAUUCGCCUAUUUUUGUUUUCAAAUUUUGCGGGCGUCGCCAUCUUGAAUAAUUGUGAAGUGUUACGGUUGCCCUAUUGUUAUUAAACAAAAGCUAUUUGUGUCAGAACAAUAGAGCAACCGUAACACGUCACAAUUAUUCAAGAUGGCGGCGCCUGCGAAAUUUGAAAGUGAAAAUAAGCGAUUCUAAAAUUCACUUUUCCUGAUAUAAACACUUUUUUUAAGGACAAAUUUCGAACAAAUUUGUUUAUCAACAUAAUUUUAUUCGAUUUAAACUUAUUCUGUAGUAAGAGUGGAGGUUCCCUUUAAAACCUAAGAACAAAAUUUGAAUUCUCAUUUGUUGCACCUAUUCAUUUCUUACACAAGUAGUGGGGAGAAUAUGAUAAAACUUCAAGCAAAUUCCGUCUUGUGUGAUCAUGUCCAUAAUUCUCAUGACCACUCUCUGUUGGUUUUACAAGGAGAAAUUUGAUGCUGAUCACUCUUAGUGCUUAAAGGGUUAAUGUUAUGAACAUUUAACGAUAAGAUAAGAGGGCGUUAAGCAGGCUUUAUCUUUCUAAGUAUGGUGAUCGACGUACGGUACGUCAACAAAGGUCACGUAAAAAGUCUUCUCAAGUGAAUGACCACUUGUCUUACAACUCUAAAUACCAAAAAAAAUAAUAAUAACAACAACAAAAACAGAACAGAAAACUGGCAAGUCCGUCGUUAGCCAGCAAAAAGGAAUGACACCUGCUCAUUAAAGACAUUUUCUGUGGGUCCGGGGAUGGUGGUAAAGAAUGGCUAGUCAAAGUCAAAGGCUAUUUCUUUCUUGAACCUUAAACAUGUAGUCACUUUAUCUGAACUGAAACCACAUUUAUACAACUUACUACAAGGGAUUUUGAUUUAGGUUGCAAUGAAUAAUUAUGCUGUUUGGCUGUAACUAUCAUACUACAGUAAAAGCUGACAUUUACAAGUUUCACCGGUUCUUUUUCUUGUUCAGCCUUCACAAAGCUCUUCUUAAACAAUAGCUAACAAUGGCUGCGUAAAUGACUAGAGGGUCUCCUCUUAACCCGGCCUUUAAAACCCAUUAUUAUUCAUUCAAAAUAUUUCCCCGAUUCUGACUGGCUAAAAGCACUCGCAUAAUUCACCAUAACCAGCUAUUGAUGACCAAAUUUAGAUGAAUUUUGCGUUUUAUGGAUCGAUGACGUCAAAAGUGCAGCUUUUUUGCAGGUUAAUGCACCGUUAACCGAGAAGACCUGUCGACGAGGUUGAGUUGUUUCGGUUGUAAAACAAAAAUGGCGGACAUUUCACUCGUUUAAAGAUUAAGAACUAGGCAAAAUAAUAGCUAAAAACAUGGCACGAACAGCAAGAAGACAACUCGAAGGGCGACGUCUCCUAUUUGGAGAAUAUUUGCGGAGCUGAACAAACCCUACACGUGCACUUUCAAAGAUGAACUUCUCAUCUAUGGAUCGAUGGAGGUAAGCAUGUUUUAGACAUGUUUUUAAACUAGGAAUUAUUUCGAAUGAAUAAUAAAAUGGUUGUUGAAUUCGGCUUUCGUAUCAUAUGAAGAAUUAUGGAGAUCUCGGAGGGUUUUAUCAGCCUCGGCCUACAGCCUCGACGGAUAAAACCCUCCUCGAUCACCAUAAUUCCUCAUAAGAUACUCAGCCUCGUUCAUUAAUCGUUAAAUAUUGAAAUAAACUCAAAUUUUCCCUAUACAGUUCCUAUACAAGCACUGCGGAGAACUCAAGCAUGAUAAGGCUUGCCCUGGCGCUAAUUUGCAUAAAAUCUUAUAAUGAUCAUAACUUUGCGAAAAUUUAUCAGAACCUUCCAAAGUUUGGCAAGCUCGGAAAAAUCGGUAACCUUAAUUUUCCUGUAACGUAAGAAAUCAGAUAUCUGUGUCACGUGACCACUUAUGGUCGAGUCCAGGAAAGAAAAGAACACUAAAAAUGGGGUGGCGAGAUGCCACACAGUAUAAAUACAGUAUUAUUGUUAUUGUAUCAUCAUUUCCCGCUUGUAUCUGGCCGCAAUGGUUGACUCUUUUUAUAUAUAUGUAUAAUUAGUAAUUAAGCAAAAUAGGUCACGUGACACUUUUCACCUGUUAAUAUCUUCUUAAGAAAUUAAAAAGAUUCUCUGUUCCGGCCACGGAAAAAAUUCGUACGGUAAAACAAACAUUUACACAAAGUUCAAACUUAGUUGUAAUCAACGAUUCCUACCCCAUUUUAAAUUUCUUUUUGAAUAUCAUUAUGACAUCACGUUUCACGUGACUACAUCAGUUCAACCCUAAUUAAUUCAACGCCUCCAAAGAAAUCUUCUCGAAAGUUUUUGCAACUUUUAGAAGUAGAAUGCAUGGCCGUAGACGAAAAACAGCUUUAUCUUCGCGGGGAGUCGAAACAAAAACUUGAGGCAUCAUGCCUUAACAUGCUUGAGAAGUUGUUAAAGUGACAAUAGAAACUAACUUGUGUAAUCAAGUCCUUGAUUCUCGGUACCACUUUGUAUUAUCAAGUUAAGAUUAUUACAAGAAGAAAUUUAAUGCUAAUCACUCUUCGGGCUAAGGGGUAGAACGGUUAGAACAGCUUGUACUGUAGUAAGAUAAAACAGUCAGUCCGCGUUGCAACCUGGCUCAAAAUCACAUUCACUACUUCGUAUAGAAGAUGUGUAUGGUUUGAGGUCAGAUUAGAAAGUGCCCACAUCGCCUUUGACUUGCCAUUUUCCACCACUAUCCCGUAACCCAUAAAAGUACUUUAAUGAGCGUUGCGUGACGGGAGGCUGCGAAGAAUCUGAGAAGAAGACUUGACAUCCACAGGACUGAUCGCUUGUAUCAGCUUAAUAAAGGGUUGGGAGGGUUAUCCCGUUGAAUACAUUCAGUUUCGUUUUCCAUAAAACUGAAUUAGGGAAAAUGUCUAUGACUUACAUUCGCGAGUGUCAGUUAAAUAUGGGGUCUUCUAAUGGUUACGUUCCUUUUAGCCAAACAUUUCUCAGAUUUAGACAAUCCAGAUUGUUUAGAUCUUCCUGCUAGCCGGAACAAAAAUAUGAAAUAAGAUCGAUCCAUACAGUAGCUGCGUGCUGCUCUGAUCUUCUUCCCAAUAUCAACGUAUCGUUUUCAAGCGUUGGAAGAGAAAGUAGCUCUUUAAAUAGUGGCGGCUUAUACUGGGACUCGUCAACUUGAAAUUAUCUGGAAUUUGAUUCAAACAAUUUUUUUUAGAAAAAAAUGUGCAUGUGGACUUGAAUUUAAUAUACUUCAAUUCUUCAGCGGCAUAAGACAACGGAGAAGUAUUAGCAAUUUUUGCUUGACACACCGUGUUUAUCGAUGAACGAGCACGAUCUUGCGAUCGAAAAGCAGUUUCGUCAAAUGGAACAAAAAUCUGAAUCCAGAUGGGAUACCAAUCUGAACUAUCCAAGUGUGGAGGUGGAUCGUUCAGAUUGCAAUUUAAGAUUGGUUUGGUCCUUAGUGAACGAAAAAUCAAAUUUUGAAUAGCAGAAUCCGGAUUUAGAUUGGUCAAAAGGAACGCAACAUAUGACAGGUUUCACUGUGCGUGAUUUCUUUUUUCUUUUUUCAGGAUAUAUUUCGAUGGGAAUGCUUCUAUGGCUUGUUCUUUUUGGCCUUGUAUUUGGUCCUAAGUAUUUAAAACGUUUUCUUCCCAAAGAAGCAUGGGAAUGGUGUGUAGAAAAAGCGAAAUCACUGAUGUAAGUAAAAUUUGUAGCUUGCUUGCUUUAGCAGAGCGAGACUCUAAAAAUGCAAACGUUUUUUUUUUUUUUUGUCGGUCCGUCGCGAAAAGGGGGCAUGCUCCCAGGCGUUCCUAACGGAGACCGUGGAAACUGGGGAUAAGAUUCGUGACGACUUUCAUUGUAUGCAAAUGAGCCUUGUGAUGAGCAUGCGGCUUAUCUUCGGCGAUGAAUGAAAUGACGCAUGUAAGUUGAAAGCGUUUUCGCUGUUUGGCAAUGACGAAAUUUUCCCCAAAUCGAGACCCUUGACUUUCGUGUAAUUAUGCACGGGUAAAUACCCCGAGUAGGAUGGGAAGAUAUUCUCGUGGUGUAUUGAGGCGUUACGUUUCUCAGAAUAUUGUCGCAAUUACUGUAACUCUGCGGUUAAAUAGAUUCACUUUGUUGUAGGUAUUUAAUUGAUAGAUUUUCGCAUUUGUUAAGAUGUAAAGUCGCGUUGCACUUUAUAAAUACUUGAGAAAUCAAUGAUUUAACCUUCGAGUACUACUGGAAGCAACUUCAACUAUGUGUCUGACGUUAAGUAUGUGUCACGAAUGUGUUUAUACGGCUAGCUUUAAACUAAUCACGCACUCUACUUGUAGCAUUUCAUGUCCAUAGAAUAGAAAUCCCAUAUCGAGCUUUUCUGGAACGGGUCGGUCGACGAAUUCUAUUGCUUGAAAGUGUUGAUUGCUUUGAAACAAUUGAUUACUUUAGUGGUCGAAAAAAAUAACAAUCUUAAUGAGCAAAACUUCGAGAUUUACUGGAAAACCAGAAGCGAGGAUCGAGGAUGGACGAUCGGGGAGCGAGAAUCGGGGAUCGGAGAUCGAGGAUCGGUUAAAAAAAACUUGAAAAUCAACUAAAUAAAUAAAUCGUGGAUCGUGGUGAUGUGGGCCACAGACUGUAGAUAAAUUUCACAAUACAUAGCCCCGCUUGCUGUACUGAACACUAAAUUUCAGUAAACUACUCCGAGUCUGACUGACCUCAGUGAUUGUUUUGACGAGGAAGUGAAAUUUUCCUGGAAAAUGAAAAGCUUUAUGCCGGUGAUACUGUAAUAAAAUGCACGCUGUGUACAGCUCUAAACAUUGUACUCUAAGAUCGCGUAAACAUCAUCUGUACGAAGAUAUUAAAAGCAGAUGCUUAGCAGCCAUGGAAAAUGAAAUUACUUUCACGCAAUUUUGAUAAAACCUCAUAAAACGGGCAACAAAUUCAACUGGAAUACGCUCGAACUCAAUUAACUGUCUGUUGUAUAAGGUUUUGCUAAAAUUACACAUUUUUCUUAUGCUGAACAAAAAAUGUACCGAACCGUAUCGUGUUCGCUGCAUAGAAGCUAUAUAUUUUUAUACUCGAAUAAAAAUCAUCCUUCAAUUUUUUUAGUGUAAAUCCCUGAAAGAGUUCUCCUCACCGGAGCAAUAUCAAUAUGCAGAAGGUUUUCAAAGGCUUCACACCGAUGUGAAGCUAAGAUGUGCGGCCUGUCUCUCCUUCCAAAUUUUAAGUUUUAAGUUUUUACCUUAUGACAUAUAACACUCGUUUUGUAUUCCAAACGAAAAAAGUAGCAUAACAGCACCAGCUGACAAUAAAAUUUAUCUCCAAGCAAGCGAGACUCAACGCUACUAAGAGCGUUCUUGUUUAAGUUUGUUUGCUUCAGCUGUUGCAUCCGCGACGUACAUUUUGUGAAUGAAUCUUUUGGUGAGUUUUUAUAGGUUUAUACUUCACUAUGCGCGCCGUGUAUAAGAAACGAUCACUACUUAUGUUAUCAUGAUUUUCUUCCUCGGGUGUAAUUCGAUGCUUAUUUCAUUCUUUUUGGCUUGUAUUGGUGGUUUCCCCUGUCACACCAUCGAAGACUAAAAUCAAAACCGUGGGAUGUCUGAAAUAAUAGUUGUUUUAUUAUUCGUUCAAAAUAAUUCCUAGUUUAAAAACAUGGCUAAAACAAGCUAACCUCCAUCGAUCCAUCGAUGUUCAGUUCAUCUUCAAUAGUGUACGUUUAGGUUUGUCCAGCUCGGCAAAUAUUCUCCAAAUAGCAGAUGGCGCCCUUGGAGUUGUCUUCUUGCUGUUCUUGCCAUGUUUUUAGCUAUGUUUUCGCCUAGUUCUUGCUCUUGAAACGAGUGAAAUGUCCGCCAUUUUUCAAGUUCACAAUCAAAACAACUCAACCUCGUCCCUAGGUCUUCUCGGUUAACGGUGCUUUAACCUGCGAAAACGCUGCAUUUUUGACGUCAUUUUCUCGUUAAACACAAAAUUCUUCCAAAUUUGGUCAUCAGUAACUGGUUAUGGUGAAUUAAACGAGUGCUUUUAGCCAAUCACAAUCGGGAAAAUAUUUUGAAUGAAUAAUAAUUUUACUUUAUUCUCUGCAUUGUUUCGCUAUGAUACGUUGUCAAACCUCCUCUCUUCAGGAGCAACUUUAUAAUUCGUUUAGCGCCUAGUUAUUGCCAAGUCUGGUCAAAAUUGGUUGCUAUGGUUACAUUUAAGUCACUGUGGCAUCAUACGUGGUAGGAAGUCAUGCAAUUUGGAAAGGAAAAAUCCAUUCCUCCUCAGUUUUUGUUGUUGUUGCCUGACACACUCAAGACGAAGUUGAUGGAAACAUCAGGACUCGAGGGAUAUCUUCAAAAAUCGCUCCUUUAAGAUUGAGACAACAUUUUUUUUUUAUUAUUGUGUUUAUUUACGAAAGGAAAAAUUGGCAGUCGGUUUUUCCUGCCUUCUCUCACGCCGCGUUCCACUAUGUUGAACACGUGCUGUUGUAUCUUGAGCUGGGUUCAAUUGCUGAAUUGUAUCACAAACAAGAUGCUAUUAAAUUUAGUCAAGGCCACGUGACUAAGAAUUGACCAAUGGCAAUUUAAGUCUAAAGCUACUUAACAUCAAUUACGUUGAGUAAUAAUUUUUUGUGGUUUACUUCAGGUACGCAUUUAUCAUGUCCGUUGUCCUCUAUCUCUUCCAAUUGUUUCUUGUCCACUAUGUUUUCCGCGACAGAGAUUUUCCCAGGAUUGUCAUCACUGUGGAUAACAGGUAUUUGCCAUCUUCACUAUGUCUUCUGGUGUGGUUCUUGUGGUUCUUGUGGUUCUUGAACCUUAACCGUAAAAACAGUUCAACCUACCGUACGUGACAACGCGGCAAAAGGGUCACAUUUAUCACCCUUUCUGUCUUCCAUCCUUUUCUUUUAUUGAUUUAUUUUAAUAAUUAUUUAUAUGUUUAUUUGAGUGAUUGAUUGAUUUAUUAUUUAUAUUGCAGACGCUUGUUCUCGAUUACGUCAUACUUCUUCUUCUUUUUCAACAUUCUGGUCGGAUUGUGUUCUGGUUUUCUUCGCAUCACCUUGGGUAUCGUUCUAGGAGUUGUAUUCCUGGCUCGUAUAGACCGGUCGACCUUGAUGAAGGAAUUUCAAAGAUUGGACCGAGGCAUGUGGAAAUCUUUAAAGGGGGAAACUGUACACGGUUUUCCGUAACCAUGAUAAUUUUUAUUCUACUUGCAUUUAAAAUAUGAAAACAACUAGAAAUAACUUACAACAUGCAGUCAGUUCACAGUGAGGGCGGUUAUCGCGGUAGAGACCAUACGAUACAUUAGAUAAUAUCGAUGUCAUACGUCCCUAUUUUUUUGCUCUCCCUCUCAUCCCUUCUUUAUCGACUGAUUUCUCCCUCGUCUCUUAUCUUUUCGACACAUUAUAAUCCUCCUCCCUGGGCUGUUCACAGACCCUCUAUUUUUCCCCUUAAAGAUCGUCGAGCGCGCGUAUGGAAAUAAAAACCGCGGGGGAUUUAUUCACCCCCGGCGCCAGGAGUGCUCCUUGCUUGCUCUAACGCGCUCGCACUGUCAGAUUGUCUAUGGCCAGGCUACUACCUUCCUAAACCGUUUGUCUCCCUUCCCCAAAAGAGUGUAAGUUGUUAACAACGACAUUUGCAAUCCAAUCAUUCAACAACCUUUGCCUUUGCCUUUUAAUGUGUUCACUCACUGAGUUAUGCUUGCCAUGAGGUUCCAGUCUCCCUCCAUCUCACAUUCUUAUCCUUCUCUUCUACAGCAUUUGUUGCUUACCUUGGUUUUAUCAACUUGCUUGUUGCUCAGAGCCAUCCCGUGAUGCUUUUGUUUUGUCAGCUACUGAUAAACAGGGACAAAGUUCACCAGCCUAAUUCGGAAUCUCCAGUAGGUGCUCAGUCUGAGAACCGCGAUUGUUCAAAGGAAAAUGGGGAUGCCUCUGGUAUGUGCUUGGUUAACCUUGUUAAAUUCAUCAAAUAUUUGAAACAUCAUUUAAACAGUAGAACCCAACAUAACGAGAUGCGAUUAGCGACUGGGGAUACAAGCACCUGCGUCAUUUCCUGGGCACUUUAAAUCGGGGCCCUAUUCAACACAUUUUAUUAUAAUUGGGGCAUAAAAUGUUACGUUAUAGUUCGAGGGUUUGUAUUAGGGAGUAAGCAAAGACGUUUUUUAACGACGCACGUCAACCGGAACUGACGCUACAAUUUUAAAAAACCUCACCUCUUUGGUGUAUAGGCAGCUAAUUCUGUUCUUUUUUUCGUUUGCAGUGUAUUCUCGUGAGCGAAGACUCCCGCGUAUGUCUCAAAAAGCAUUCAAUCCCUGGCAUGUGACUGUGACACUGCUUCGUAACCCAUGUCUUAUCAAAUAUCGUAAGCGGGUUGGUAUAAGUCGUGCAACUUUCGUUAGCCUCAGGAGUAUCCGCACUGACUUGAGCAACCUGGUGCCUGCUUGA